AUGUGGUCCGAUAUCACAGCUUGCGCUCUGGUUAAUGGAACCGGUAUUUUGGUUUAUUCUCUAUGUGAUUCUUGUGCUAGUACUAUUACUAUUCGGAAUUGCAAAUAUCGUUCAAAGUUCUGCAAUUUGUGUGAAAAACGUACCUUUGCUCUGAAGUAUCCUGCACAUGCUCAAAAAUACCCAAUUACGUUAUACGAAGUGAAAACGACAAAUGAUGGAAAAUUGGUAGAAGAAGGAGAAAGUAAAUGGAAGAAAAUGCUACCGUGUGUCCUCACCGGACGUGGCGCAAGUGUGACAGUUGCAUUGGCACCCUGCUGCCGGCCAUCAAUCACCAUCAGUAAUGAGGUUCUUGAAUACGAUUUCUGUGUCGAUUGUCAAAAACGAACAAUCUUGGCUAAAUUUCCUAAACCAAUACCGAGAAUUUUGGCCAAUCAUCAAUCAACUUCGACUGAACAAAAUGAAUUGUAA